UACUGCUUUGAAAAUGUGAACAACUCCUGUAUAAAGGUCUCAAGGACACAUGGCGCUAGAGCUGCAAUGUAUUUAAUUCUUGCAUUAAUUACAAUCAUCACCAUUUGUGGAAAUCUAAUUGUAGUAAUAUCCAUAACUCAUUUUAAACAGCUACAUUCACCAAAUAAUUUCCUUGUCUGCUCCCUGGCAACAGUUGACUUUUUACUGGGACUUUGUGUGUUGCCUUUUUCUAUUAUGAGAACAGUUGAAACAUGUUGGUAUCUUGGGUCUAUUUUCUGCCAGAUUUCACUGUGCAUUGAUAAUUUACUUUCCUAUUCAUCAAUUUUCCACUUAUGCUUUAUUGCUAUUGAUCGGUAUUAUGCAGUGUGCAGUCCUCUUUAUUAUACAACAAAGAUCACAGUCAGGGUGAUUUACAUAUUUAUAGGUAUGGCAUGGAUACUUCCAGCUAUAUUUAGUUUUGGUUUAAUUUACACCAAGGCCAAUGUGCAAGGUAUUGAAGAAUUGGUUGAGAUUUUGUCUUGUGAAGGUGGUUGUAUGCUUAUGUUUAACAAACUUUGGGCAAUACUUGCAUCGGCAAUAUUUUAUGUGCCAUGCUUGAUCAUGAUAUGUAUUUAUGCAAAAAUUUUUACUGUUGCAAGAAAACAAGCUAGAAUGAUAAAAAUCAUGGAGGAUAAAAUUUCUGUGGAAGAAAAAACAAGGAGAGAGAAUCAAAAAAGGGAACAAAAGGCUGCUAAAACACUGGGGAUAAUUGUGGGGGUCUUUCUACUUUGUUGGCUCCCAUAUUUUAUUGAUGCUCCUAUUGAUGUAUAUAUCAAUUUUGCAACUCCAACAGUUGUAUUUGAUAGUUUAGCAUGGUUUGGUUAUGUCAAUUCUGCUUGCAAUCCCUUGAUAUAUGCAUUCUUCUAUCCUUGGUUUCGCAAAGCCCUUAAGCUUCUUAUUACAUGUAAAAUAUUAAGACAAAAUUCUUCAAAAAUUAGA